UAUGUGCAGCGAUGCAUUGCGUACGGAUGAAUGUUGGUUAUAUUUAUUUCGAUACCGUGCGCUUGAAGCUUUGAGCCUUUCUCUUCGACAGACCAGAGUGUUGAUAUUAUUACUUAAGAAAAUUUGUGUAAAAAUUGAAUUUCCUUUCUUUGAACUGUAAUUUUCUGCUUUUCUAUUGAUGUUUUGAUUUCUCGUUGUAACACACAGACGGUGAUGACCAAGUGGUUGAAUCAGCAACUGAAUAGAAAUCAACACCGCCGGACAAACAACAACACAAUGUAAUUAUAAGUGUAGUAAAAAUAAAAGAUUCUUUGAGGUGUGCAGCUGUAAGCUGAUAAAAUAUCGAGCACACUGCCAGUUCAGGUUAUUUGUGAAUCAACUUUGAACGAAUGAUGAACUGCGUCGGCGAGCAGUUGCCAAAAAACUGUGACGGUUAAUGAAACCUCCGUGGUAAAGAAAUAAUUAAAGCAAAUUAAAAUCUUAAAGAGUGAAUAUUUCCAAAUCGGUGAAAGAUGCUGCUGCUUGUAUUAAUCGCGUUUGCACCAAUUUUCACACUGCAAACCGAAGUGAUUUUAAAUUACGAUGGCUUUAAGUCAAUCGCCACCGUGCCAUCUGCAUCAGCAGCUUACACCUCUGGCUCCUACGUUACAUCAGCAGCAACAACCACAACGAACGCACAGCAGCAGGUGCAAUGGCCACGCACGGCAGUACACAACAAUUGGUAUAUCCUGAAUGCCGCCGCCAACGCUGCGGUUUCUGCGGUUGUUACCACUCAGGCAGACGCCGCACGCGCCAAUAAACUGCACAGGCGACAAAAAGCAAUGACGCGGGAUAAGCAGCCACACAGCUACACCCAUGAUACACCACACGCGGCACAGCAACAACAAAAUCCGGUAAAUUAUUACACUUACAACAGCAGCAACAGCGGAAAUUACCGUUCGCCGUCACCGGAUAUGCGCUUUGUUGCGCCAUAUAUAUUGGCGAUAAGUAAUCAGCGACACUCCUCGAUGCUAUCUAGCGAAAGGAGUAGGCGGCGAGAGCACAGCAACGGCACGACUGACAAAAUUGUCACUAACUUCAAUAACCGAGAGUAUGUCAACACUUAUACCAGUAACAACAAUUACCACAACAAAAGUGUAACGCAAUACAAUAAGUAUGGUGACAAAGAGCAAGCGGUAAUAAAUAAAGUAAACAAUGCCGACACCAUUGUUACACAACCACAGCAUCGAGCGUUGUUUGCUUGGCAGGAUAUUGAAAGCAAAAGUGAUGAGGAUGGCAACGAAGAUGGCAUUGGCGAGUGGAGUGACGCCGAUAUUGAGGAGAACGCAGAGAUUCGAAGCAUGGAAAGUAUGAUUCUUGUGCCAUUGGGAAAAGCCUUCGAUAAAGUGCGACACUUUUUUGAGGUUUUCAGACGCAUCAUCAGCGAUGAUGAAUCAGACUUUGCAAGCGGCGACCUCGUUACAUUGAGGAGCAGCGACGAGGCCUUCGCAAACACAGCAUCCGCCACGUUACCACAGCCAGCAUCUGUAGACACAGUCAUUCCUGUUGGUGACAACACGCAUUUGUCGCUAGAAGUUCAAGGUCAGCGAAGCCCUCCCACCGCUAUCGAUAAGCCACGAUUAACUGCGGUUACAGCAUCAACACAGGCAACACCAAUUGCAAGCGCACAAAACUCAGCCAAAUCAUUAACAUCCACUGCCUUGGCCAUUGGUCGAGGCAAAAAGUUGAAAAAGAAAUUGAAAAAAUUCAUGCUUCCAUUGUUGUUGGCAUACAAGCUGAAGUUCAUAGCAUUAGUGCCGCUGCUAAUUGGUGGCCUAACACUGCUGGUCGGCAGCACCGGCCUGGCCGGCUUCUUUUUUGCCCUCUUCUUGACGGUGAUGAGCCUGAAGGGUGGCGGUGUGAACAAAUCGAUUGCAAUUAAGAAAGUUUGGUAAAAUCCGAGCUGCCAAAGCAUUUUGCGGUUACCUAGGCGGAACAGGGGCGCGGCACACGCUAUUAGCUAAUUUUUUUUUAUUGGUCAACAUGAUUUGUCAUGAAUUACGGUAGCUCUUUGCAACUUGCAAGUGACAUAGAAGUGGGCGAAUGAAAUUGCCCAAUCGCUCAACUUCAAGUGAGGCGAGUAUAAUUUGGGCAGUAUUGUGGUUGAUAAAAGCAAAGUCAAAGCCAUUUUUAUGUUCAGCUUAUAAAACAAUAGACUAACAGUUGCAACUUUUUUAAACUCUUGUGUGCAUUGUAAACGUUUAUUUUUAUUCAAUUGCCACACGACAAAUUAAUUUAAGCCAAUUACUUCACAAAAAAGCUGCUACAUUUUAAAAUGAAUAAAUACAAUUAGCCAACUCGGUAAAUUAUUGAAGCGCGUAUAUGAAUCCGUAUUGAGCUAUGUUAGUUGGAAUGCACGUUACGCAAAAAAGUGAUGAACACUUUAGAGACCGUAGAUAACGGGUUUGCUUUUGUAUUCGCAACAAUUACUUUAUUUCGCAAUUUUGUGCCUAUUUAUAAAUAUAUUU